CAAAGGUGGGGGGAGUCUUCCUCGCUCCAGAUCCCUUGGGCUUACCUCGUACAGUCUCUCGACUCCUGAAUUCCCCGGUCAACAAUGCAUAAAAGCCUGUAGAAAGGAGAGUUUUGAUUACGGUCUCCAGGUCUCCAGGUCUGCAGGUGCAAAAGGACUUGUUUGAAUGUGCCGUUGAAGGUCACUCAAAUUCAUCACCAAUCCCCCACCUUUUCUACUUGAUUUCCUCCUUCCUAGCUUCCUCCACUCAUCCCACAAGUAUGGAGACGGGGAAGCGGCUCAGUCACCUCUAUUUAGCCCUGGAACGGUCGCGGUCACAGUCAAAGUCCAGGCCAACAUCUCCUCUGCCGGUAGAGACCAGUGCCAAGGUUGUCCUCAUCACUGGCAUCAAUGGCUACAUUGCCAGUCAUAUUGGUCUUCAGUUCCUCAACAAAGGCUACACCGUCAGGGGCACCUCCCGAUCUUUGACUGCACGAGCUCAUUUGCUCGCUGAUGCCUUCAAGGGCUUUGAGCACAAGUAUGAACACUCAGUCGUCCCAGACAUUACCGUGACUGGGGCCUUUGACGAGGCCGUGCGAGGUGUUCACCUCAUCAUCCACACUGCUUCUCCAGUCGAUUUUACGCUGAAGACUGUCGAUGCCUUCUUCGAGCCAGCCAUUGGCGGUGUGACGUCGAUCCUCAACUCGGCGCAGAAUUGCGCGGGGCCCCAACUGGAGGCGUUCGUGUUAACAUCUAGUGUGGCAGCAAUUGUGGACCGGUGGAAAAACCCGCCAGACUACGACUACACAGAGAGUGACUGGAACACGUCAGGUGAAGCUGUAGCACGUCGCGAAUUCUCCGCCCCGGUGGCGUACGGGGCGUCCAAGACCGCCGCAGAACGUGCCAUGUGGGAGUGGAACUCGCAGCAUCACCCUUCAUGGGCCAUCUCGGCCAUUCACCCAGCCGUUGUGACCGGACCACCCAUCAACUGGCCGUCGAAUCCAGAGCAACUCAACACGACGUUAUUGCCGCUCUGGCAGCUGUACGCGGGGCCGUCAGCCUCCAACGGCGAGAUUCCACCCCAGAUCGGCGGUGCUGGCUACAUUGAUGUCCGCGACGCGGCCCGCAUGCACGUCUGGGCGGCAGAGCACCCGGAACAGUCGCGUGGCCAGCGCUAUCUCGUCGCUAACGGCAAGGCCCCUCCUCAAGCCGCGGCCGACCUCUUGAGACUCAAGUUCCCUGAUCGUGACAUCCUCGUGGGAGAACCCGGCAAAGGUUACACUCCAGACUACUGCUUUGUCAAGGGCGAGGCCAGUCUCUUCAGUGGAAAAGCCAUGAAGGCCCUUGGUGUGAAUAAAUUCAUCAAUUACGACAAGAGCGUCUUGGACACCAUCGAGGCCUUUGAGAAGCAGUGGCCAGGGCGGGCGAGUAAUCAUAAGCAACGAACCUAGGUCCGUGUUAGGUGGGGUGGAUGGGGUGAGGGAUGUGAAAAGAAAAUCGAGCCUUAUGACAGGAUGACGGUUUACACGGGCUAUCAGGAGUAAACGAUCAUAAUACAUGAUUAAAUAUAAAACUUCUACUCUAUACAAAU